CUUUCGUGUCCGAGACGUUGUUAGAUUCGGAGUUAUUAAGAAGACGGGCCGGAUCCGGAUUAGCCGAAGUCCUUUUAAAGUUAAUAUAACCAACUCAUAGAAGUAACUAUAAUAAUAAACCCUCUGCUCCGUUUGUACUCAUAAUGGUGUCUCACAAACAGAAACGGGUGUGGAAGUACGUGGAGGGGGGCAGUUUGCUGAAGCUGAAGUCCUACCUGAGGAAGCACCGGGACCUGGAUGUGAACUUCUCCCAGGGCAGGAGGCAGAGGAGCCCGCUGCACCUGGCCUGCUGCCUGGGAGACGACGCCGUGCUGCGGCUGCUGCUGAAGCACGGAGCCGAUGUUCUCCAGAAGGACCGUAAAGGAGACACGGCGCUACACACAGCGGCCAACCGGGCUCUUAAACACGGGAAGACAGCGUAUGAUGACCUGGUUGUGCCCCUCAAGAAGAGCUGCCCAGAGGCUAUGACUGCUCCUAACAGUGCCGGAGUCACACCCCAAGACCUGCUGAACUGGAUGAAACAUACAGAGACUGCAGAAAAUGUGAGUUGUCCUCCUGAAACGGACCCUGAGAAGGAGUGGCAGGAGAAGCUAUUCGGCGAAUGUGAAGAUGAAUUCUUUGAAACUUUUGGAGUAUAUGAUGCUGAUGACUUUCUGCCUGUUGAUGAAGACGAGGGAGAUUUUGGGGCCUGGGCUGAUCGUAUUAGGAAAGAAUAUUUCGAUAAAAAGCAUGCUGAAGCUGAAAGACUGGCAGCGACAUAUUCUGGAUGGAAAAGGAAGAAGAGUAAGCAAGAGAGAGAGCAGGAAGAGCAAAGCCGCAAGGAGCUGAAUGAAAAGCUGCAGAGGGAACAUGAAGAGUAUCUGGCUCGAGCAGCACGUAAAGAGGAAGAGACUCGGCAGGGCAGGAAGCGCAGGUACGAUGAGAGGUGUGCAGCCACUUUCCACGUUGGCUCGGCAGCUGGAAGCACAAAGCUGAGCUACAGUGACAUCCCCUGGCCAGCUCCAGGAGGUACAGUGCAGGAGAUGGUGGAUGUGAUGCUGCACGGUGUAGACCGAAAGGACGUGCCGGUGUUUCGUAAAGUGCUCCGGAAGCAGCAAGCGCUGUGGCAUCCUGACAAAUUUGCUCAGAGAUGUGAAGCCCGGUUAGAGGAGAAGGACAAGCAGAGGAUCCUGGAUACAGUCACAGCUCUAUCACAGGAGCUCAACAGAAUGGCCCAGAGUCUUAAAACUUAAAAUCACAAUGUAAUUUAAACUUAAUCUUAUGUGCUUUUCUGUAAAUGUUUGUAUGUAAAAAGUCUAUAAAAACUGUACUAAAAUUUAGUGCCAUUUAUGCACAAAUGUAC